AUGGAAGGGGCACUGUCCGAAGGCUCCACAAAGUCAUCAGUUGACCCUGAAGAGUUCAAGUCCAGCCAGCGACAGUUGGACCCUGCUGCGCUCAACAUCCAAGCACUUGAGGAUGCCUUCUUCAGAGCAAAUUGGGAGGCGCACUUCCCUACAGGAUGCUUUGCGGGCCCGUCUCAAGCAUUGGCAUCCAUUUACGGAAACUCCUCCCACAAGCUCGUUGAGAGAGGCUUUAUCCUGGAGCAAGCUCGGAAGUUACAGCAACAAUGGCUGGGCCAGAUGCUUCUGUCUGCGCAAAGUGUUGCCGGCAUGCCAGUUACCGAAAAGCUGGCAAGUGUCACCACCACAGAGCGCCGGAUCGUCGUGACUGAGGGCAUCGGGAUCGUUAUUGGCGUCUUGUUCCUCCUGAAUGCUGGCAUGCUGGCCGCCCUGACACUGCAGACACGACUCCAAAGGCGCCCUCUGCGCCUGUCCGAGGACCCCGCCAGCAUUGCUGCCGCCGCGGCUCUGGUCGCCUCAGAUAACUCUGCGGCAGCAGCUUUCCAAGGACUCGGUCGGGCCUCUGCAGACAGCAUCUGCAAGCGACUGCUACUUGUAUGGUGCAACCUGGAAGAUGGCUCGCUCAGAGCUGCGCUGCCGGACCCCUUGCUGCAAGAUUCGUCGGCACCGGGAUCUGGCCAGAGCAAUGGUAUAGAGUCUUUUCCGAACGACAAGCCAAAAAGCUCUGCGCCGUCAAUAUUAAGGGUCUGGAUGGGAAUAUCGUUGCUGGCCACUGUCGUAGCCGUGAUAGCCGUGCUGGCUGUACUAUAUCGUCUAUCCCAGACAGUCACACUUCACCAACACGCGCUUGUCUACGAGGCCCAUCUGAGCGUCGCCAGUGUAGCGACAAGCCUAGACCCAUAUUCCAUAGUGCCUACUUUGCUUGCAGUCGGGAUCAAGCUGUGGUACGGCGCGGUUGAAGGCACGCUCAAACGGCUCCAGCCAUUUUCCGCGAUGCUGGAUCGGCCAAGGCCGCUGAAGGACUCGAUAUUGGUGGAAUAUGCCAACUCGUCGCUCAUUUUCGGCUCCAAAAAGGCCUUGAGGCACUCAGAUUGGAUCCUCGCCUUUGCUUGCCUCGGUGCCCUGGGGACAGAGAUAUUCACCGUUGGCAUCUCAGCCCUGUGGGACAAGGAGACCCAGACUACUAUGCACGCAGUCGAAAUAGGUCGUCAGCUCGAGCUGCGGCAGGUCCCGACGGUGAUAGGGACCAAGAGCUAUGGCUCGAUGACACACACUUAUUCUGAUCCGACACUCCCGACGCUUCUGGAUACCGUGUACGGCGACUACCUCACAAGCUGGCUGUAUGGAGCUUUGCUCGAGACAAUGGGGGCAGCAGAAACCCCUUCUUGGAGCAAGGACACGUGGAGCUUCGCACCCGUGGACUUUUCCGCUUCAUCGGCAGCGAUACUCGGCCUUUCAGACAACGAGCCCACCGCCUCUCUGAGCAGCCUUCCAUACAACGUGAGCAUUGAGACACAGGCCCUGCGGGCACGCCUGAGCUGCUCUACGGUGGAGGCGGCCCAGAAUGCCUCGACCUGGUUGGAAACGCUGGACUUCAAGAACGACAAGGCAUGGAACUCGACAAACUCACCUCCAGGUCUGGACAUUGGCUAUGAGCUCAGAGAAGCCGUCUUCGUACCUAACACGACCCUUCCCUAUUAUAUAAUCCCCCAGCGGGGACCGGUCCAGUGCUGCGCAAACGAGACGGACGGCUCAGCAGGCGAAGCGGCAAUUGGGUACGGCGCGACGAUGGGCUAUCUCGAAUCUAAGAAUACGGAGUUGUUUAUCAAAUGGAUCGUGGGGCGGCCCUUGGACAGGUUGUAUUUCGAUGCCAAUCUGACAUCCACGGACACCAGAUAUGCCCACUGGGUCUGGACCGAAGAGCCGCAGAUGCAGGGCAUCACCUGCAGCCCCAUCAUCGAGGCAGCCAAUGCGGCUGUGACUGUUGACCUGUCCAGCGGCAUGGUGAGGAAUUACUCAAUCAUCGGCGAGCCGCAGAACGCAACUGCUGCAUGGACUGACAACGACGUGGUUCGGGAGCCGUAUAUCCCCGUGCCAGCAAAUGAAACGCAGUACGGGAGCGAAUACAACACGACUUAUAGUUAUGGCUGGAUGUUCUGGAGUGGCCUCGUCUACUCAGCCAACCUCAAGACCGCAGCAGCACUGGCUUCCACUACAAUGCAACAGGCUGACCGGGACCGGGUUUUCAACAUCCGCGACACUGGCAUCAACGUCGAUUUCCUCUCAUUCUCGGCGCUGCACCUCGCCGACCAGGACAAGCGCGCGCUACUUGAUGCAGACACGUUAAUCGCCACGGCCAGCCAGGCCUUCGGUAUGUAUUUCAAGCACUUCGCCUCGGAGCAGGUCGAGCCUGCCAGCGGCGGUCGCGUCUUCCAGCCCAUUGGCGAGCAGCUCCCAGCAGACCUGCCAGCGGUAGCCAGCCCCCAGGGCACCUGGUAUAAUGAGAGCAUGGCUGCUACGGGUCUGGCACGGUCGACACUGGCACAGGUCCAUAUCCCUGUUGAGGUCUUGGUCAUGUCGCCUGCCGCAGUUUGUAUCUGCCUGGUCGUCCUGGUUUUCCUGUGUCCGGUCACUGUGGCGAUUUAUGUGUUCUACAGGAGGCGGGCAAAGGUGUUGCCACGAGACGUAGAUACCCUAGCCAGAGUGCUGGCGUUUGUACACGAGAGCCCUAGGCUGUUAGAAUGGGCGAGGGAGAAAAAGGAGACUGGCGAUUGGAAAAGCGAUGAAGCUGUAGCGGCGAGGCUGGGCAGAUUCCGAAGACAUGAAGGGCAGCCUGGAUGGGGCGUGGAGCUGGUAGACCGAGAAAGAUGA